AUGGCGGGUAACAAUCCAGUCUUUGCUGUCACCGUCUUCUUCAUUUGCUUCCGAGAAUGUCUCGAGACGACCGUCGUUGUCUCGGUUCUACUCGCCUUCUUGAAGCAGACCUUGGGAGGCGAUGAGGAUCAAACCACCUACAAAAGGCUUGUCAAACAAGUCUGGCUAGGAUGCGGUGUAGGUCUAUUUAUCUGUCUCGCGGUGGGUUGCGGUAUGAUUGGCGCCUUCUAUGGCCUUGGAACCGAUAGCUUUUCGCAGACGGAAGACAUCUGGGAGGGCGUGCUCGGAAUUCUUGCCUCCCUGAUUAUCACCAUCAUGGGCGCGGCGCUACUACGUGUUUCGAAGCUGCAGGACAAAUGGCGCGUCAAGCUUGCGAAAGCCCUUGCACCCCAGAGUGAGGACCCCAAUCUAUCGCGCAAGGGCCGCUUUAAGCGCUGGCUAGAGAAAUAUGCCAUGUUCAUGCUUCCUUUUAUCACCGUCCUGCGCGAGGGUCUGGAAGCCGUUGUCUAUGUCGGUGGUGUUGGCCUUGCGCUUCCAGCAUCUUCUUUCCCACUGGCCGUGUUCUGUGGUCUGGCGGCUGGUAUUUUUGUCGGUUACCUGAUCUAUAGGGGUGGACGAGAGACAUCCAUGCAGAUCUUCCUCAUCAUCUCAACCUGUUUCCUUUACCUCGUCGCCGGUGGUCUAUUCUCGCGCGGAAUUUGGUACUUCCAAAAUAAUACAUGGAACAAGCUGGUUGGCGGUGAUACCUCCGAGACCGGCUCCGGUGCAGGAUCCUACGACAUCCGACAGAGUGUCUGGCAUGUUAACUGCUGCAAUCCCGAACUGGGCGGUGGUGGCGGAUGGGGUAUCUUCAAUGCACUGCUGGGGUGGACCAACUCGGCUACCCUUGGCUCGGUGAUCGGAUACAAUCUAUACUGGAUUUGCGUGAUGGUUGCCUACGCCUGCAUGAUGUAUCGCGAACGUCGGGGUCAUCUGCCAUACAUUGACCCUGCCAUGCAAAAGGUGGCAAGCGUCAAGGCCCGUGGCAGAGCAUUCGUCCUACGACGACCUUAUGAGCCUUACGAGGAAGACACUGGACCUGCUGUGGCCAGAGGGGCUGUUUCGAACGACCUGUUGAGUCAAGAGAAAAAUGCCGGUGCAGAGGUUUCUACCACUGCAAAGCAAGCCGAGGCUUGA